AAAUUGGCAAACACAUUCUAGUAAGCUAUCCUCAUAACAGGCAGAACGACGGGGCAAGCACCACCGAGUCCUGCUUCUUCUACACAGAUAACCAUGGGACACAUAAUAUCUGUGUUUGUCAGGGAGCUGCCUAUUACAUUAAUAUUUGGUGGGAUUUUUCUACCUGUUGCUUUGCUGCUGCUUUGCCUCAUUUCAUACCUCAGGAUAAAACUUGAUGAAGUUAAUGAAGAGCUGGCUCAGAUCCGUGACCCAAGAGAUUCUCUGCAGGAUUACUACCUUCACUAUAGGCAGUUAAAGUCAUCCAAGAACCAGCGCCUCAAGAAGACUUCUUAAUCCCAGUUUUACUUCACACACAAGGACAGCAUAUAUAAUGUAAAGCUGCUCACAAAUCACUGGGGAGAAAAGGAGGAUUCUAAAAAUGACUGCAACAAGGGGAUGUAAAAAGGUGUUGCCAAUUAGGAUGUCUUCCUGUAAAACUCUGCUCACUUGAGACUUGAAAGCUGGAGCCGUCUUAAAUGGAUCACAUGGUGAUUUUACCAAGGUUACUGGCGAUGCCUGUGGACCAGGACAUGCUGAAGUCAUUUGAAAUCUGCUUCUCUCCUAGUUAGGCUGCUAGAAAAUUGAACAUGUAUGCAGUUACAUAACAGUAUCUGUAGCUGUAAGCUAGGAACAAAGCAAAGCUAUUAUAAGCUACGGCCUCGGUCUAAGGAUAGCAUCGGGUUUUCUUUAUUUCCAGUAAAGAUUUCUAGUGAUCGUCAUGUACAUUUCCAGCCUUGAUAUUCCUAGUAAAGCAGCCUUAACGGAUUUCAUGACACAAUUGCACUAAUUCUAACAGUAUUAUCAUGGUCACUUCACGAGAGCAUGGAGAAACGGUGAUCGGGCGCACAUUUCUAGGUUGUAAAUGUAGAACACAGAGAAAAUACUGACAGAAUGCAGCCAUGAACUCAA